AAACAAACUGGUAUGCAACACACCAGUUAUAUAUUUUAUUUGGAUUCAUUGAAAAUGAUAAACAGUUGCCCAGUACUAAACCAGUGAAGAGGAUUUUGUUUAAAAAUGAGUUGGUACCCAACCCCCACCCCUGUCCAGUCAUUAACUGUGUCAUUGUAAAGUAGUAGAACUAAGACAGGAAUGACCUGGAAAUCAGAAUUAUUACAGAGUAAAACCACAAGAUUUAAACACAUUCCUUCGGCAAUGGCUCUAUUGACAGAAGUUCCUGGUGUAUGUUCUUGGAGUAGAUUUUCUUUAAUAAUCCGAGGGUAAAAAAAAAGGAAAACCAAUAUUUAAAGGGUCAGAUUUUCUCAUCAAGUCCAGAGGUCAAUGAAAAUUAUUUUUCUGAAUCACAAAGGAGGAAACCUGUGACAAAUUGAGAGGUGUACAUUAGGCAAUUGUUCAGCUCAACAGUCCCCUUCUACACAUCCUCAGAUGACUGUACAGUUCAGUUGGUCUAUGAGAAGGAGUGUGUCAAGAUUUUCUUUUUCAUUAGUUCUGUUAUGUCCAAGAAGUGACUAAGAUCAGAGCAGAGGCCCUGAUAGUGGAAAUUGCAUAAAGACUGGGGAUGCCACAACUGGAAUCUGCCCUUCAUGUGGGAUUUCUCCUGAUGGCUAAUGGAGGACACAGGAUCCUAGCUGUGGAGGGCCAACAACAGAAGAAUAGUACCAUAUGUACAUACAGCAAUACGAAACCAAUCUAUAUCAUUUAUCUGUGUAGGCAACAGAUAACUGUGAUGCCCAUGCAAUAAUUAUCCUCUAUUUUUCAGGUUAAUGAAGAUAGACACUUCACUACAGCUAGUUGAAAAGAUAUUCUAACGAAAAACUGCAAACAUUUUUAUACAACUUUUUUUAUUAUUAUUCCUCUCCCUAUCCUCAAGUUCACAACCAGCAUUAAAGCUGGUUAAAAAAAAUAGUCAAAAUAUUUUCCAGUGAAAAUGUUCGUGGAAAUGAUUUAGAUUUUUAAUCUAAAUUAAAAUUAAAUUACAUUUUCCCAUUGAUGUAAUGGGAGCUGGCUCGUGCCAUAUGUAAAGGUAUCCUCUCCACAUAACACAGCAUUGGAUAUUUUGAAUUAGGCACAUGUAGUCCACUAAAAAUGAGAUUGGACUAGUACUAGUAUGUGGUAGCCAAUUAAGGAUGAACCACGCUGUGCAGCAUGUAAUACUGUGGGCAUGAGUGUGUCUGUAUAGGAGAGACAGAAAACCAAAUAAAGGAAAAACUCAUGAAGUUCUGUCAAAAAGGGAUUUGCCAGCAUCACACAAAGCGUAAUGCAGACCGGGGAGAACACAGGAUCACCCUCCACUACCAUUUGUUUCAUGUAUUCAAGCAAUGGGAUAAUUAUACACAUUUCAUAGAGAUAUGUUACCUUUUUUUAUCGGAGGAUGGAAACACCAGGGCACACCUGGGUAUUCUGAAUCAAAACAACAUCCCUUACUUUGGCAUUCUUUUUCUGAAAUGCCUGAAUAACAACAGUUCUUUCUUUCCUUUACAUCCACAGCACAUUCACCUGUACCUGUUAAACACAAAGUCCUAGAUUUUGUGUAUUUUUCUGUUUAUGAUUUUUUCCCAGUACUCUGCUCAUUGAUAGAUAAUAAUAAUCAUGAUAGAUGAACUGUGACCAAAAUGCACUUUAUAAUUUACUUGAUUACACCACAGAUAAGAGAUUUGCCCAAUGGCUUAACGUGAGAGCUCCUUCCAGCUAUGCUAUUAUCCAGGUGAUGCAUACAGAGGAUGCAAAUAGUACUUUUUGUCAUUAAGAUUCCAUCAUUUUACUAUUCUGCCAGAUUCCCCAGAAGUCCACCAUGUGAGUUGGCAGGAAACCAGGCAAAGUUCCAUCAGAUCCCUGCCUAUGUUUCGUCAGGAGUUUGUUGAAACUAAUACGUUUUCACAAACAUUGUUUCGACAAAUUGGCAUUUUCCUAGUAAAACCUGUUUCCCUGGAAAAUUCCUGACCAGCUCUAGUCCAAACAAAUUAUAUCUACUCGUUCUCCUUUAUCCACUAAUUUGUUAACGUCCUGAAAAUAAUUCUAAUAGGUUAGACAAACAAUUUUCCUUUACAGGAGCGCUGCUGGUCCUCUCUUUAUGCUAUCAUGUAAGUGUUUUAUAAUUCUCUAUUUUUUCACUUAAUGUACCUGGUCCUGAAGUAAGGCUCCCUGAUCUGUAGUUCCCAGGCUCACCCUAAGCACCUGUUUGAAAAUAGCAACAACAUUAGCUACCUUCCCAUCUACUAACAUAGUAAUUCAUUUUCAUUAUCUAUUACAGAUUUUUGUUAGCAGCUCAGCCAAGUCACCAACCAGUCAAGAUGACUUCUUGCUCUUUUAUUUUAUCCAUUUGUUCCAGCAUGUCUUACGUUGACACCUCACACUCUAGCAGUGCCGCACCUUUAUUACCACCUGUAUAAAGUAUCUCAGGGAGACUGUCCUUCGCUGGUGAACCUUGAUCAUCAGUAUGUCUAGACCAGCACACCAGUGAGGACGCCUGACCAUCGCUGCUGGACCAGUGAGGAUCCCAGACUGAUAUACGUGAGAUUCUACCCUGCCUUCCUUUUCCUUUGCGUCCACCACUAUCUUCCUCUGGGACUCUGUCUGCUAGCUUUACACCUGAGCCAGAGACCAAUCGCACCACAUGACACCAGCACAACAAGAUUAAAUGGCUCAUUGAAGUCCGUGCAGCCUGAGAUGGAUAAAGGAGAGGGACCUGACCAGACCAGCCAUAUGACAUCCCAGACCAGGGAAGUGAGCCAGAGUCCAGAGCAAUAGCUGUCAUGGCCAACCUGACAGCCCAAAGCAUCCACCUGUGACUGACCACCCCUUUGUAUUGUGAGAAUGUCAACAAAAGCCUUAUUUCUCCCACCUUUACUAUCCUUUUUCUUCCUUCCUUUUUCUUUCUGUUUUGCCAGAAGCAGAAAAAGUAACCACCAUUCUCAGAGGUCAACUCAAUAUACAACAGAACUAAUCCUUUCUUCUCCACUAAGAUGGACUGUUUGACAAAAUAUGAGACUUUAACCAAUAUCCUCGCUCUAAAAAGGACUUUGAUAAGUUUGAAUUAAGUUUGUUUUGCAUAAUCACUCUAUUGCAAGAUGUUUUUUCUCUUGUGUGACCUAAUCAAUCAAUAUAUUUCCAAACUUUGGCCUUUUUUUUUUUUUUUUUUUUUUUUUUUUUUUUUUAGUGUUUGCACCCUGGGAUUAAGCUGGCCAAGGUCUCUCCGCUCAUCAUAACCCCAGACCAUAUUGGACUAUUUGGCGUUGUACAGUGACAGGGUCAGGUUAAUACCUUUGACUCCCUGGGCUCACCUAUUCCAUUGAAAUUAACACAACAGUUCUUUACUUCCUAAUGUGAAGUGGUUUCCUUCUCUACAGGCCAAAUGGAUUGUGAGCUAUCCUUUCACUGGUUCAGGAGCGAAUAUCACCUGCUCUGGGCCUUGGCCCAGUGGAAGUCUUGAAGCAGAAAUUAUAUAUUUGGAGGGAAAAUAUUGCUCUGGCAAGUUGUUUUAUUAGAAAUAUGCAGCGACAGUUUGAAGCUGCUCAGAGGUUUGGAAUGUCCCCAAGGAAAUGAGCUCAGGUGAGGUAGUCAAAGGUGUAUGAUUAAUGCAGUUUGUCACAGGAGUUUGCGUUUUAUCAAAUGGAUAUCACCACCACAUAUAUGAUAUACUUGGUUAGAUUUUCUAAUCAAAAGAAAAAGAUACUCUAGGUGGAGCCUGGUCUGGCAAAGCAUUAUCUGAACCUACUGCACAAACAUAGAAUAGGGUAUAAAAUGAACCCUUCUGAAUGUAAGGGGUAUUUAUCCGAGAUCCAAAUUCUCUCUCUUUUCUUUUUGAGAACUCCACACUGCAAUGGACCAGAAGGGGAUCCAGUUACUGUCAGUCAUCCUCAUUUUAGGGCUCAGUGCACUGACUGAAGGAGCAGAAGCCCCAGCUCCAUGCCAAUGUGCUGUGGCUCCAAAAAACAGAGUGAACUGCGGGCCUCCAGGAAUCACUGCCAAGCAAUGCGAGGACGCAGGAUGCUGUUUCAAUUCAGAAGUUCCUGGCAUCCCCUGGUGCUUCAUUCCUCUCGCAAGGAAAUAUAAAAAGGUCUGUCCAGCAGAGGUAAAACUCAGAAAGAACUGUGGUUACCCCGGCAUCCCUGCUAAAGUAUGUAAGGCGAGAGGAUGUUGUUUUGAAUCAAGGCCCCCUGCUGUUGCCUGGUGCUUUUAUCCUCUUCUGGUAGAAGAAGAUUGUUAGAGACCAUGCACCAGGAAAUUGCACCAGGAACCUCUCUGUCAAUGGAUCUACUCACACAGGAAAAUAAUAGAAAGCCUUCACAUCUUACACUUCGCACUCUGUAAUAAUUCUGAUUUCCAGAUCAUUUUUGCCUUGGAUUUACUCCUUUUCCGAUGACCCAGUUAAUCAUAGCUUUUAUUCUUUUCAGUAGGUUGGUACCAAGCAGCUGUCCAAAGCAAUAAAAGAGU